CUCAUGUUUAUGUAUUGAAAACCUAUGUGUCUCACAGGCAGAUAUAGUCAAGUCAGUUUGAAUUCGGCAGCGGUUCAGUAAAGAAUUAAAUUUAUCAGGAAGUCGUUCCUGAUAUUUUAUUCCUCAUCACUACUAAUUUGCAUUUAAAGACAUCAUUAAAUCCAUAAGAUAACUCAUCUUCUGUUCAAUUCUUAUCAAAGUGUAACGCAGACGAAGUAUAUUUAAAGCCCGGAAAAUGUCACAAGGUGUUCUUAGAUUGUGUACAUUAAGCGGGGAGCAUUUAUUGAAAAUUCCUCAGACUUUACAUCCCUCAAGACUAUUCUCUGGAUCAGUAAAAUUAUUAUCAAAAGAUGGAAAACCUGUUGAAGCUAUUAAAGGAGUUCCAUAUAAAAAUUUAACAAUUGGUGUGCCAAAGGAAAAAUGGGUCAACGAAAAGAGAGUCGCUAUGUCGCCAGCUGUCACAGCUGCUUUAGUAAAGAAAGGAUUUACCGUGAAUAUUGAAAAAGGAGCUGGAGAGGAAGCAAAAUUCAGAGAUCAAGAUUUUACAGAUGCUGGCGGUAAAAUUGUUGAUGGAAAUAAAGCAUGGGAUUCAGAUAUUCUUCUUAAAGUUCGUCAACCGAUGGAAAAUGAAAUUGAAUUGCUGAGAGAAAAUUCAACUUUGAUUUCAUUCCUUUAUCCCGGACAAAAUAAGGACCUCCUUAAUAACUUAGCGAAGAAGAAGGUUAAUGCAUUUGCUAUGGAUUGUGUUCCUCGUAUUUCACGUGCUCAAGUCUUUGAUGCGCUCAGCUCAAUGGCAAAUAUUGCUGGUUAUCGUGCAGUCAUUGAAGCCGCAAAUUACUUCCCAAGAUUCUUUACUGGACAAAUUACAGCUGCUGGAAAGGUCCCACCUGCAAAGAUUUUAGUCAUCGGUUGCGGUGUUGCUGGUCUUGCAGCUUGUGGACAAGCUAAAAAUAUGGGUGCUAUUGUUCGUGGUUUUGAUACUCGAUCAGCUGCCAAGGAACAAGUCGAAUCUAUGGGCGCAGAAUUCUUAACAGUCAAUAUUCAAGAAGAAGGAUCUACAGCGGGUGGUUAUUCAAAGGAAAUGAGUCAAGCAUUUAUUGAUGCUGAAAUGGCACUUUUUGCUAAACAAUGUAAGGAAGUUGAUGUUAUCAUCACAACUGCACUUAUACCCGGUAAAAAAGCUCCAAUACUUAUUAAAGAGGAACACAUUAAGUCAAUGAAACCAGGAAGCGUUGUUGUUGAUUUGGCAGCAGAAGCUGGCGGUAACAUUGAAACAAUUGAGCCUGGCAAAAUCGUCACAAAGUAUGGCGUUGUACAUAUUGGAUUAACUGAUCUUCCAUCACGUCUACCAACACAAGCCUCAACUUUAUAUGCCAAUAAUAUCUCAAAACUCCUCCUUUCAAUGGGCGAAAAAGAUCAUUUUGAUAUUAACAUGAAGGAUGAUGUCGUUCGUGGAAGUAUUGUAGCACAUAAUGGCGAAGUUACAUGGCCACCACCGGUCAUUGCAGUAUCUGCUCAACCACAACCUGGUGCUGAUAAGAAAGCUGGUCAAGCUAUUGUUAAAGCAGCAGUAGCUAAUCCAUUUAGAGACACAAUGACGAGCUCAUUAACAUACACAACCGGACUUGGUACAUUAAUUGCACUUGGAGCUGUUUCACCAAAUCCAGCAUUUACAACAAUGAUGUCGACUUUUGCAUUAUCAGGAAUUGUUGGAUAUCACACAGUCUGGGGUGUCAUUCCCGCCUUACAUUCACCUUUAAUGUCAUGUACAAAUGCUAUUUCUGGAAUCACAGCUGUUGGUGGACUUUUAUUAAUGGGUGGUGGAUAUUUCCCAACCAAUUCAAUUGAAUACCUUGCUGCUGGUGCUGCUCUUAUUUCAUUCGUCAACAUUUUCGGUGGCUUCUUAGUCACACAAAGAAUGUUGGAUAUGUUCAAACGUCCUACUGAUCCACCAGAAUACAGCUACUUGUAUGGAAUUCCAGCUGCAACUUUCCUUGGAGGAUAUGGAUGGGCUGCACUUAAUGGACUUUCAGAAGUCAAUCAAAUCGCUUACCUUGCUGCCUCAUUAUGUUGUGUUGGUGCCCUUAGUGGAUUGUCCAGUCAGAAGACAGCACGCAUUGGAAAUACUUUGGGAAUGAUUGGUGUUACUGGAGGUAUUGCCGCAACUCUUGGAAUCUUAUCUCCAACUCCCGAAGUAUUGGCUCAGAUGGCAGGAUGUGCCGGUAUCGGAGGUCUUAUCGGAACAGUUAUCGCAAAGCGAAUUCAAAUCACAGAUUUACCACAAUUGGUUGCUGGAUUCCAUUCACUUGUCGGUCUUGCUGCCGUUUUGACAUGCGUUUCUACUUAUAUGCACGAUUUCCCGACUCUUGCAACUGAUCCAGCUGCAAAUGUCCUUAGAACAGCACUUUUCCUUGGUACAUACAUUGGUGGUGUUACAUUCUCAGGAUCACUUGUUGCUUAUGGAAAAUUACAGGGUGUUUUGAACUCUGCUCCAUUAUUACUUCCUGGUCGUCACUACAUUAAUGGAGGUUUACUUGCCGGUAAUGUCGGAGCUAUGGCUGCAUUCUUUAUGGAUCCAACAAUGCUUGGUGGUCUUUCAUGGCUCGGAGCUACAGCAGCUAUGUCAACAGUGAUGGGAGUCACUUUAACUGCAGCUAUUGGAGGCGCUGAUAUGCCUGUCGUUAUCACAGUCUUGAAUUCAUAUUCAGGAUGGGCAUUGUGUGCUGAAGGCUUUAUGCUUAACAACAAUUUGAUGACAGUCGUUGGUGCUCUUAUUGGUAGCUCUGGUGCCAUUCUAUCUUAUAUCAUGUGCAAAGCUAUGAAUCGUUCACUUCCAAAUGUCAUUCUUGGUGGAUUCGGAACAUCAUCCACUGGAGGUGGUAAGCCAGCUGAAAUCGUCGGAACACACACAGAAACAAAUGUUGAUGGAACUGUUGAAAUGAUGAAAAAUGCCAAGAAUAUCAUCAUUACCCCUGGUUAUGGAUUGUGCGUCGCUAAGGCUCAAUAUCCAAUUGCUGAAUUAGUUUCAAUCUUAAAGGCACGCGGAAAGAAAGUUCGAUUCGGUAUUCAUCCAGUUGCUGGACGUAUGCCUGGUCAAUUGAAUGUAUUGUUGGCAGAAGCUGGAGUCAGUUAUGAUGAUGUACUUGAAAUGGAGGAAAUUAAUGAUGAUUUCGGUGAAACAGAUUUGGUCUUGGUUAUUGGAGCUAACGACACAGUCAACUCAGCAGCUGAAGAUGAUCCCAACUCAAUUAUUGCCGGUAUGCCAGUCUUAAAAGUAUGGAAUGCCGAUCAAGUCGUUGUCAUGAAGAGAUCACUCGGUGUCGGUUAUGCAGCAGUAGACAACCCAAUUUUCUACAAGCCAAACACAGCUAUGUUACUUGGAGAUGCAAAGAAAACAUGUGAUGCACUUUUGGCAAAAGUAAAGGAGGAUGAUGCUUAAUUUGUUUGUUUUAUAAACCCUUAAUUAAUUUCAACACAACUUCAAUCAUUAUAAAAACGAAUCAAUUACAAAACAUAUUUUCAAACCAAUAAAACAAUUCGUUAAUUUUUAGAA